AUACAUACAUACGUAAAAGUACGAGUAUAUACGUCGCGUAAUAUUUUUAUUUUUAUUAAAACUCUAUUAUAUAUCGUCGAUAUUACAUUACAUAUACGUAGGUAGGUAGGUACGUACGUACGUACGUAUUUUUGGCGGUUGCGUUUCUGUCAUUUUUCGUAGGUAUUUGCGUUUUCGCGGUUCAUUUCUUUCUUGUUUUUCUUUUUUCAAUUCUUUCUCUCUCUCUCUCUCUCUCUCUCUCUCUCUCUCUCUCUCUCUCUCUGUCACUCGCUCUCUCCUACCGUAUCUAUCUUUCGGUUGUUUAUACUUUCUAUCUUUCUUUCCAUCCAUCUUUUUUUUCCUUCCCGUUUCCUGAUUCGGUGGUGUUUUUUUUUUUUUUUUUUUUUUUUUUUUUCGUUCUGGCUGGUUUCGUUAUCGGUGGUAACAAUUGGUAUACUCGGACAGAGUGAAAUAGUCGUUGGUGUUGCGUUGCGUUGUGCUGUGCUGUGCUGUGCUGUGCUGUGUUGUGUUGUGUUGUGUUGUGGUGGUGGUUGCUGUUGGUAAUUAGCUCUGGUGAAGUGUAAAUGUACUCGACGUGGUUGAAACGCGCGCCGCGUCAAAUAAUGGACUCGUAAUACUCGUACGUACGCGACGCGUUUUCCAUUACCAUCGGUCGAUUUAUUUCAUCGGCAUCGGCAUCGGCAUCGGCAUCGUCGAGUCGAAUAAAACAUCUCGGCAGCGGCAGCGCUAAAUAAUAUCUAGCUGUCUACAGACAAACGCGAUACGCGAUACGCAAUUACCUGGGUUGUACUUACGUACGUACGCACUACGCACGCAUAUUAGGUUUGCAUACACGUUCGAACAGCAGCAGCAGCAGCAGCGGCAACGCCAACGCUUGCAUUCUUCCUCGAUCGCAUCAACUUAGGUACCUACCUUACCUACCUAGUACCUAGUUAGAGCUUGCUGCGUCGUCAAAGUACAGGAGAUGGCCGGCGGUCAACAAGAUGGUAAAUGGCAAAAAGAAGGCCCCGAUCAGAAUUUCGACUACAUGUUCAAACUGUUGAUCAUCGGAAAUAGCAGCGUGGGCAAAACUUCGUUCCUUUUCAGAUACGCGGAUGAUUCGUUCACUUCUGCAUUCGUGUCGACGGUCGGCAUCGAUUUCAAGGUUAAAACCGUCUUCCGCCACGAUAAGAGAGUUAAACUUCAAAUUUGGGACACGGCUGGUCAAGAAAGAUACAGAACCAUAACAACGGCGUACUAUCGCGGAGCUAUGGGAUUCAUUUUGAUGUACGAUAUCACAAACGAAGAAUCAUACAACAGUGUUCAAGACUGGGUUACGCAGAUAAAAACUUACUCUUGGGACAACGCGCAAGUUGUACUUGUUGGCAAUAAAUGCGAUAUGGAAGACGAGCGCGUAAUUUCUUACGAAAGAGGUAGACAGCUGGCCGAUCAACUUGGAAUCGAAUUCUUUGAAACCUCGGCUAAGGACAACGUUAAUGUCAAGGCAGUUUUCGAAACACUGGUUGACAUCAUUUGCGAUAAAAUGUCCGAAAGCUUAGACUCGGAUCCGAAUUUGGUUUCCGGAGCAAAAGGAACACGUUUAACCGAACAACCACAAGGCGCCAAUAAUCCCAACUGUAACUGUUGAACCCUGGAGAAAGAUCGCGACCUCCGUCGUCGCGUCGCCGUCGCCGUCGCCGUCACCGAUACAUACCUAUCUAUCUCUAUCUACCGACUUACCUACCUAUCUACAUAUUUAAUUACAGAGCUUCCGGCAAAACUUGAUAAAAAUACAAUAUCUACAUUUGUC